AACCAUGUUUAUUGUUAUGAUGUUAUUGUUUGGUUUGCUUUUGUUUAUUUUUUGUUAAAUUUUCGAAUAACAUUAUUAAUACCUUGAUCCAACUUAUACCAACAGAAAUGAUUGGAAGAAUAAAAUCUGUUUACUGUAAAGACUUUGUAUCAUAUUCUGAAAUUACAUUUUAUCCUAAGAAAUACUUCAAUGUGCUAACAGGGCCAAAUGGAACAGGAAAGUCAACAAUUGUAUCAGCCAUCGUGUUGGGCUUGGGAGGUGAUCCACAGUUGUUGGAUCGGUCUUCUAGUAUUGCUGAUUAUAUCCAAAGUGGUAAAAACGCUGCAACAAUUAUUAUCACAAUUUUUGGAAGAAAUGAUCAGUCUACUGAAGCAUUCAAGCGUAUGAUAAAUCAUAAUGGAGAAUCUCGAUUUUUCGUGAAUACGAAGGAAUUCUCGAAGACAAAGUAUCUGUCUUUUAUUGCUGCCUAUAACAUUCAAGUCAACAAUUUGUGCCAGUUUUUACCACAGGAUCGUGUACAGGACUUUUCAAAAAUGAAUCCCCAAGAACUUUUAGUGAACACCAUGUCCUCUGUGUGUGACAAUCAGUUAAUAAGAAGUUUCACUGAUCUUAAAGAAAUGCGAAUAAAACAACUAAGUGCACAAGCAGACCGAGAGAAACAAAAUGAUAAACUACAGCAAGAACAAAAUCGAUUGGAGCAGCUACAGGUUUCAAUAGAUCAAUACCAAGAACGCCAAGAAAUAUUACAGAAGUUAAACCUUUAUAAAGCGAAAAAACUUUGGACUGAAGUGAAAAGUUCUGAAGAAAAGAUUGAUAAUUAUAAGAGUCAAUUGGAUAAAGCGAAAGAAGAUUAUAACGUUGCAAAGAAAGCGUUUGAAGAAGAAAAAGGAGCCCAGGAAGAAAUAUUAAAAUUAAAUGCAGAUUUACGGAAAAAAACUACUGAACAAAGAAAUAUUCAACAAUCAACCAAGAGUAUCAACGAAGUGGAUAAAAUAAAGUAUUUAUUAGAAACUAAACAACACGAGUUGCAGCUAUUUAAUGAUACAAAGUCUGAGGCUUUAAAUGAAUUAGAGAAAAGAAAAGAAACAAUAAUCAAAACUCGUGAAACGACAAUGAGUCAUUAUAACAAGCGCAGAGAACUUGAAACGCAGCUAAAUGACGAAAAAAUUCCAGAAAUUACAGCACUUUGUCACAAGAUCGAUCGAUUAGAGAACAUGAAAUCGCAGAAGAUAGAAGAGCUGCGUGUUCGAAAUCCUAACUUAUUCAAAGCUAUGAACUGGGUAGCCCAAAAUAAGCAAAAAUAUUCGUGUAAUAUUUAUGAUCCAAUGAUAUUUGAAUUGAGAAUAAAAAGCGAGGAAGGAGCCAUGUAUUUAGAAAAUGUUGUCAGGCAGCGCGACUUAUUUGCGUUUGCAUGUGAAGACAAAAAUGAUAUGUCUGAUCUUAUCAAUGAAUUAUGUGUAAAGCAAAAGUUAUCUGUAAACGUUAUCUACUGCGCACCAGCAGAAAAGUGUUUGUUUAAGCCUACUGUUCCAAUCACAGAACUCACACAAAUGGGAUUCAAUGCGUACCUUGUUGACCUAGUUACUGGGCCGAUACCUUUGAUAAAUAAGUUAUGUGGAACUUAUCAGAUUCAUAAUAUUCCCAUAGGCAAAGAUGAAGUUAGUAAAUUUACUGCGUGCGUUCCAAAAUCAAUUCGAAUCUAUUUUGGAGGGAAUAAAAAGUAUUCUGUGAUGGCAUCGCGAUACCGUGCUGAUUUGAUGCUAACUGAAAGUAUAAUAAAAAAAAAAAACCAGCUUAUAACUCUUGAUUUAAACCAAAUAAAUUCUCUUAAGGAGAGACAUGCGAAAUCUAUAUUAGAAAAGGAUCACAUAAGGAACACUUUAAGAGACAUUGAUAAUGAAUUUGACCGCUUGCAAAUAGUUCUCCGCCAAGAAGGAGAUGCAAAAAAGAGAAUUGAACAGAAAUUGUCUCAUUUUAGCAAUUUGGCCGAUGAAAUAAGUAAACUCCAAUCAAAAGUGAACAUGAUCAAUAAAUCAUUCGCUUCAUCGGAUAAUAUUAAAAAAACAUUUGAGAAAGCCGUAUUAGUGGAUUUAAAAAAAAUAUUUCAAAUUGAGCAGCACUUACAUAAUUCUCUAGAGCUUACAGAUAAAUUAAUGAAAGGAAAGAAAGUCAGUAAAAUAAUGGAAAUCGCCCAUUUACAGCAACAAGAAUCUCAAAUAAAUACGCUAAAGGAGCGGGAAGAUCAGUUUUUAAAAGCUUCUACUUUAGUCAACAAGUUGACGGGAUUACUGCAAAGUAAAUCAGAAGAAUUAAACUCAAAAACGGUGGAGUUACGGCACCUAUGUAGUGGCAAACUGCCAUCAAAUGAUGAUUUUCCAUUUAAAAAUGACUUUGAUCAGCUAUCAAAUCUUAACCUGGAACAGAUUUAUGAAACAAUAGUUGAAUUCCAAGCAAGAUUAGAUUGCAUGAAAAAUUUAAAUUCAGAGACAAUUACAGAUUUUCGCCAACGCCAAACGGAGGUCGAGGAAUUAAAGAAAGUUAUCGAAAUGAAAUCAAAUCAAGAAAAAAAUAUAGAUGCUGAAAUUAUAACGUUAUACAACAACUGGGAGCCACAACUCACCAAACUAAUUGAGACAAUAAACAAUAAGUUCAGUGAAUUCAUGGACUCUUUAUCAUACGUUGGAGAAGUCGUUUUAUCGAGGAAAGACAAGAGCGAUUUUGAUUCUUAUGGAAUUCAAAUAAUGGUAAAAUAUAGAAAGGAUGCUAAACUACAAACUCUGGAUAAAUAUAUACAAUCUGGUGGAGAACGUGCUGUGGCCAUUGCAAUUUAUUCAUUGUCAUUGCAGCACAUUACACAUGUGCCAUUCAGAUGCGUGGAUGAGAUUAAUCAAGGUAUGGACGCUAAGAAUGAACGUCACAUUUUUAAUUUACUUUUGAAAGAAGCUACUAAGGAUGGUUCGGCACAAUAUCUUUUCGUUACUCCGAAGUUACUACUUGAUUUGAACUACAAUGAUCGUUUAUGUGUUUCAGUUGUUCACAACUCUGGAUCUAUUAAGUCUGAUGUUGUAUUCCCUUUGUGUUAGUAGCUUUCUUUGUAAUAAUUAUUUACACAUUUCAUAAAAAAAAACGGUAGAUUUUCCACACAGGAUACGUCA